ACCACAAUAGUGCCAACCACAGCAUGAGCGCUGACUACCCCAACCACAGCAUGAGCGGCGACCACCACCCCAGCCACAACGUGAGCGCAAACCACAGCAUGGGCGCCGACUACCCCAGCCACAGCAUGAGCGCCGACUACCCCAACCACAGCAUGAGCGCCGACCACAACGAUGGUGCCAACCACAGCAUGAGCGCCGACUACCCCAGCCACAGCAUGAGUGCCGACCACAACGUGAGCGCCAACAACAGCAUGAGCGCCGACUACCCCAGCCACAGCAUGAGCGGCGACCACCACCCCAGCCACAACGUGAGCGCAAACCACAGCAUGGGCGCCGACUACCCCAGCCACAGCAUGAGCGCCGACUACCCCAACCACAGCAUGAGCGCCGACCACAACGAUGGUGCCAACCACAGCAUGAGCGCCGACUACCCCAGCCACAGCAUGAGCGCCGACUACCCCAGCCACAACGUGAGCGCCAACAACAGCAUGAGCGCCGACUACCCCAGCCACAGCGUGAGUGCCAACCACAGCAUGAGCGCCGACUACCCCAGCCACAGCAUGAGCGCCGACCACAGCAUGAGCGCCGACCACAACGUGAGUGCCAACCACAGCAUGAGCGCCGACUACCCCAGCCACAGCAUGAGUGCCGACCACAACGUGAGCGCCAACAGCAUGAGCGCCGACUACCCCAGCCACAGCAUGAGUGCCGACCACCACCCCAGCCACAACGUGAGUGCCAACCACAGCAUGAGCGCCGACUACCCCAGCCACAGCAUGAGUGCCGACCACAACGUGAGCGCCAACAACGGCAUGAGUGCCGACCACCACCCCAACCACAGCAUGAGUGCCGACCACCACCCCAACCACAGCAUGAGCGCCGACCACAGCAUGAGCCCCGACCACGGCAUGAGCGCUGACUACCCCAGCCACAACGUGAGUGCCAGCCACAGCAUGAGUGCUGACCACCACCCCAGCCACAACGUGAGCGCCAACCACAGCAUGAGCGCCGACCACAACCAGUUGAACCACUUGAGUGAUAGUCUCAACCUGGGCUACCAGAAUGACAGCAUGGACGAUGACUUUGUGGUAAUCGACAUCUGAAGUGUACAGUUGUUUCAAUGGCCGCAAUAUGAUUUGAAAAAGACAUGCAAGUGCCCAAAUGUAAUGGCUGUCUGAGGGGAAUAAAGAAUUUAACUUGAAAUAA